AUGCGCUGGCUAAUCUUCUCGAGGGCAGCGGCGACAGCCUCGAGCCUAUUGACAAACGCCCUGCCACAGAAUGUUACCAAUGGCCAAAGUGUUCUAGGCACCCUUGACGCCCCUUUGCUCUCAGAGUACCUUCCAGGCCCCUUGAGCCACGGAUAUCCAUGGGGGAACAGGACCGUGUGGAACACUGACCCAACAGACUUUCCAAACACCGGCGUCACUCGAUACUACAAAUGGGAACUUUCUGUAGGUACGGUUGCGCCUGAUGGCGUUCCCAUGAAUAAUACCUUGUUGAUCAAUGGCGCAUACCCUGGGCCUGUUAUCGAGGCGAACUGGGGAGAUUGGAUUGAGGUUGAACUCACAAACAAUCUUUGCUGCGAAGGUACCUCUUUGCAUUGGCACGGUCUGCUCCAACAGGAGACACCGUGGUUUGACGGAGUACCAGGUGUUACUCAAUGUUCCAUUGCUCCCAACUCUACUUUCACAUACCGAUUCAGAGCCGAUCAGUAUGGGACAUCUUGGUGGCACUCGCAUUAUAGUGCGCAAUAUGUAGCUGCCGCUCAAGGACCUUUGAUCAUUCAUGGGCCUACCAAUGUUGAUUAUAAUAUUGAUCUGGGACCUAUUAUGCUAAGCGACUGGUUUCAUGAGGACUACUGGUGGCUUGUCAAUGUCACGAUGCUUCCCAACGGCUUUGGAUCAGCAGGAUUCUUCGCAGCCGAUAGCAUUCUCAUCAACGGAAAGAUGAAUUACGACUGCAGUUUGACAACACUGCCUUGCACUGACAAUGCUGGUGUUUCCAAAUUCCAAUUUCAGUCCGGCAAAAAGCAUCGUCUCCGACUCAUCAACAGUGGCUCGGAACCAAUCAUGAAAUUCAGUAUCGAUGGACACAACCUGACUGUGAUUGCAAUCGAUUUUGUACCAACAGUUCCUUACACUACCAAUGUCGCGACCCUCGCCGUAGGUCAACGUACGGAUAUUAUUGUCGAAGGAACCGGAAGUGCUGGAGAUAGCUAUUGGAUGCGAGCUGAUACUAGCCCUGACUGCUCCGAUGUUGGCUCGACUAACCUGACCGGUCUGGCUGCUGUGUACUAUGAACAUACACCGACUGACGAGACACCUACCACCAACAGCUCCGUCACAAACGACCAACUUACAACCUGCGAUAAUGAUGAUAUUAGUAUUUCAGUGCCUGAGUAUGCGAUGGCAGUACCUGACCCUUCCCUCACUAUCGAAAUUCACUGUGUGUUGUGGAAUAAUGGCACGCACAAUGUCUGGUACAUGAACAACGUAACAUUCCGUGCUGACUACAACGACCCUGAUCUUCUGGAAGCGAAGCUUGGAAAUACCACUUUCCCCGUGUCCGAAAAUGUGUAUGAUUUUGGCACCAACUCAAGUGUCCGGAUGAUUGUAUACAAUCAUAUGGCUUUGGCAUCUCACCCAAUGCACAUUCAUGGCCAUAAUCUCUACAUCCUGCAGACGGGUGUAGGACAAUGGUACGACAACAUGACACUCAUCAACCCAAGUAACCCGCAGCGGCGAGAUACGCCGAAUGACGAAUGUCAACCCCUCUUUGAACAUUUCGUUCUCACCAUACACCCUACAAUCCCCGUCUGUAGUAUCCCGACAUUGCGAACAACAUACUCAAAAUUUUGGAGUGAUCUUUCGCCGACCACAUCCGCCGAAGUGCUGCUUUUGAUUUCAGCAAUUCUAUACACUAGCACAUCCAAUUCGGCCGGUCUAGAAACAAAUCCUCGCUCGUCGGCUCUUUAUGAACUUUACAGUGAGCUCGCACGUGCUCUUGAUCUAUCCUCUUACUAUGCGACUCCCUCGCCGAGCUCCAUCGUGCUCCUCCAGGGGGUUGUUAUUAUGAACACUUUUCGGGCUGGUCAUCUUGCUCCAUUCACCGCGUUCGGAUUCUUGCCCCUCGCCAUCCGCUUUGCGCAAUUUUUACGCCUGCAUGUGGAUCUGACUACGGGUAAUGAUGUGGAUCGAGACGUUCAGCGAAGGCUAUGGUGGCACCUAGUGUUUCUCGACGUAGAAUCCACUAUAGCGAGUGGAUUGCCUGCCAUUAUCUCUUCAGGAAGCCAUACCACAAAUAUGCCGUCUAUCGCUUGGAGUGACGCAGUGGUGGGCGAUGAGGGCAACACUCUCUCAUCGAUGAUGAUCGCAAUGCAGGGUCACCGGGAGUGGGCGUACCGCAUGCAAAUAUGGUACGAACGGAAGCCCCGGCAGCAUGAGAUAGCAUAUUUCAACAAAAUCAUCGAUAGCCUAUUGAAGAUGGUCGGCGAUGAUCAUGAGAGCGAAUGGGCGCGCAUUUAUCUUGAGAUGCUAGUUGAUCGUGCGUACUGCAUGCUGGGGUUGAGAUUCUGGCAGCUAGAUCUGUUCAAGGGUAUGGAUUGUCACAGUGAAGUUGUAAGUACCUCUCGGUCUUUUCUCAAGAAAUUUUUGACACUCGCUAUGCUCUCUCAACCACUGGGAUAUAACUGGUUUAUCCCAGGGGUCAUCCAACCUCUCCACGCUUUGAUUAUUCUGCUAGUGCAUUUGGAUGGCUGCAUGUGCCCUAACGAAGAGGCUCGUCUCAGCAGAGACUUGGUCGAUCAAGUUUUUAACUUACGGUUGGGUCGCAUCUUGACGGGUGAUACUUCUAUCAACCCCACGACUCCGCGAUUUAUCAAUCUCAGACAGCACAACUCAAGAUACAUGGCUUUGAUAACACUCAAAACACGCGUUUGGCAAAAGUUGGGCUGGUCAAACCCUUACAUCAGUUCACAAGAUGGGAUAGACAGAGGAAACCUGGAGGGUAUAGCAAAGGCGCCUGACGAUGAAAACCUCGAUAUUGGUAUUAGUCACGAUUAUUCCACCGAAGAUGACUCGAUAUCAGUUUUUUGGGACACUUUCACCGCAGGAGCCUCUCUGGAUGCGGAUAUAAGCAAUUGGGACGAGUGGAAUCUUCUCUCUACUGGAUUUUCAAAUGAAUAA